UCAAAAAAGUUUUGUGAUAAUCAUUGUUAAAAAAUACUGAUAAAUUGUGUUAUGGUUAUCAAACGAUACAGCAAAGAGCAGCACAAAUUAAGUAUUUAAAAGCUCGAUUUAAUUGUUCAUCGAGUGGCUGAUAAGCUUAAUUCCAAGCCAAAAAUGAAUAGCAGUAAUUCUGUGACUCUGAAAAAAGUAUUUGAAAAUAUGAGUUACCCUGAGGCAGUGGAAGACUUCAGUUGUGGAAAUAAUUGGUUUAAAACGUUGAGCGGUUUUGAGGAGUACCAGGUGGACGAAAAGAAUGGAACUGUGCUCGUUUCAAGUCUCUUAGAACUAGAAUAUAUGAUGGAUAAUGUUGUAAACGCGAACAAUUGUUUUCCAAGCAAGGAGAAGAUCUCAUUUCUUUUAAAGCUAUCAAAAACUAUAGAGAGGAAUUCAAGAACUAUUUGCCAGAUUGAAGCUAAAUCCAGGGGAAUUUUAAUGAGAGACACUCAAUUUCAAGCUUUACCAUUUCUUUGUGAAAGUCUAGUGUACUUCACAAGUCUGGCAAAUGAAAAAAAUGAUAUCAAAGACGUUGCAGUAUAUGUGCUUUGUGACGAUACAUUUUUGGGACUGUUGGGGCCAUUAAUAGGAGCAGCAGUUGCAAGUGGACAACGGAUUGUUUUACAAGCUGACUCUAGAAUUUUUCCUGUCUUAAGCUUUCUAAUUAAACUAGCAAGAGAGCUUGAAAAUUGUCCUCAGCUUAUGUUUACUGUUACUCCCUAUGAGUAUAAGAUAGACAGAUGGGUUGGAAAUAGUUUAGUUAAAACUCUUGUUGUAGUUGACAACUUUUUUAAACAAAAAUAUGCGGAAUUAUACGUUCCAAGCAAUAAAAAUUUUGUGGCAAUGGAGACCAGUUUUCGGGCUCCGAUGGUUGUUUUCUCAGACGCCGAUUUAGAUUCUGCCUGUGAAACCGUUAUAGAAGCUGCUUGGAGUUAUCGAAGUCUUCUUCCUUGGUCUGUGAACCAGUUAAUUGUCCAAGAAAGCGUAUUUGAGUUGUUUCUUGGGAAACUGAAGAGACGUCUGAAUAAAGUGAAAGUGGGGACAGCAAUUCAGAAAUCAGUCGACAUAGCAGUCCCAAAAUAUGUGGAUAAACUUAUAGAAGUCGUAGCCCAGGCUAAGAAGAUGGGCUUGGAAGUUUAUCAAAACAAUCCUGAUUCUAAUACUUUUCAGCCAACGUUAAUUAUAGGGGGAAAGGUAUUUAUGAAUAGGGUAAUAUCUGAAGAUUGUUAUGCCCCUGUGGUUCAAGUGUUGGCCUUUAGAAGCAUCGCCGAAGGGGUGGCUUUAGCUAACAACAGUCGUCAGGGGUUAGCUGCCUCUGUUUGGACUGAAAACAUUGAUACAGCAGAAGAAGUUGCAGAAAAACUAACGGUGACGAAUGUCUGGAUAAACACUUAUGGCAAUUUUGUCCCAAUGGCCUCAAUAAAUUUUCGUAAAAUGAGUGGAGUAGGACAUUUUGGUGGACGAGAGGGCUACAUGGAGUAUUUAGGAGGUGGAAAUUUUGAUGAGAAGCUGACUCAGGAAGGACAUGACAUAAAUUUAGAAAGUCCCCUAAACGAUUUAAAAGCGUGUCAAGAGUCGUGGAAACGCUUGAGUUUACUAGAACGCUAUAAAGUCCUUUCAGAGAAUAUUCAAUGUGAUUCUUUGGCUAGGCAAUUUGGUAACAUUUUGAAUAAUAACUGUACAUUUGCAUCAAACCAAGGACAUUACACUGUUAAGUGUAUAAAAGAGCCACGAGAUGUUAUUAUGAUAACUAAUUUUGGAAAGGAAUGUCCUCACGUUAAUGAAGUGAUUCUUUCAAGUCUUUUGCUAGGAAAUUCUGUGUUAAUUAUGAAAUCAAAGGCAAACGCUUCACCAGAUGAGAUAUUGUGGCCUAAAAAUGUCCCUAUAAAAACUUACGUCCUUGAUGAGUUGUAUCAUCAGAGUAUUGUAUUUCAGGCAGCAAAGCACAAAGAAAUAUGUGCCAUUGGGAUAGUAGACGAUCUAAGAAAUAUUUCUUAUUCUGUACGUGGCAUGAAAAAGAUUUUUAAAAUUCGAAAAGACUGGGAAAUAACAUGUGCUCAAUCGCUAAGUGUUAUCAAAACUAUAUGGAGUACUAAACAACAAACAUUCUGAUGGGAAGUACCUUCUUAAUUUUGAAAAAAUUAUACUAGUAAUGAUGGGACACUAAAGAUUUGUAAUUGUGGUGAAAUAUGAAUUUUAAACGACAGUAAUAAUUAAGUUUAUCUUGAAAAACUCGUUGAUAUUUUAUUAUGGCUUACAAUCAAAAACCACC